AUGGGGGCCGCCUCGGCGAGCCGGAGCUCCGCCGGGUUCGCCGGCAUCCUCGCGCUGCUCAUGCUCCUUGGCACUGUUGAUGGUCAGUCGAAGCUGACCUCUGAGCAGAAUGCCAUCAGCCUCUCCCCUGGCAAGUACCACCACCUCGACCAUGCCACCAACGAAGAGCUGACCUGUGACAAAUGUCCUGCAGGAACCUACGUGUCUAAGCACUGUACGAAGAGUACCUUAAGAGAGUGCAGCCCUUGUCCAGACGGGACCUUUACCAAGCAUGAGAACGGCAUAGAGCGGUGCCACUCUUGUAGGAAACCCUGUGAACUGCCAAUGAUUGAGAAAACUCAUUGUACUGCCUUGACUGACCGUGAGUGCACUUGCCUGUCUGGUACGUUUCAGACAAACGAUACCUGCGUCCCUUACACGGUGUGCCCGGUCGGCUGGGGCGUCCGCAAGAAAGGAACCGAGACAGAAGACGUCAGGUGCAAGCCGUGCCCUCGUGGUACUUUUUCUGAUGUGCCUUCUAGUGUGAUGAAGUGCAAACCCUACACUGACUGCUUUGGGAAAAACAUGGUGGUCAUCAAGCCAGGGACGAAGGAGAGCGACAAUGUGUGUGGUUCUCCGGCGUCCCUUCCGAACACGGCUUUGACUUCAUCGAGCACUGAAGCGGGUGAGCAGCCCUAUGAAGUUCCACCAACCACUGAUCUUCCCAAAGGUCUGAACUCUUCAGUUCCCGAUUUUGUUCCCUCUCCAGCGCCGCGCGCGUCCAGCAGCAUGGUGGAGCGGGCACGGUACUACAACGAAACCUCAGCCAACGAGACGGACGGCGUCGGCAGGACCCUCGUGGGCUCUGGCACCACCAGCCAGGCCCAGAGCUACCGGCACAAGCAGACCAGCCAAGCGCUGGAGAAGCAGCCAUCCCUGGAGAUGAUGGGGGGCGAGAAGCCCAGCGUUCCUUACAGGCCUCCCCGACGAGGCUCGCAGAACGUCCACCAGCACUUCGACAUUAACGAGCAUUUGCCGUGGAUGAUCGUCCUGUUCCUGCUGCUGGUCCUGGUGGUGAUCGUGGUCUGCAGUGUCAGAAAGAGCUCACGGACUCUGAAGAAGGGACCCCGGCAAGAUCCCAGUGCCAUCAUGGAAAAAGCUAUUAUGAAAAAGUCCACCACCCCCACACAGAACAGGGAGAAGUGGAUCUAUUACUGCAACGGGCACGGCAUCGACAUCCUCAAGCUGGUGGCGGCGCAGGUGGGGAGCCAGUGGAAGGACAUCUACCAGUUCCUGUGCAACGCCAGCGAGCGGGAGGUGGCGGCUUUCUCCAACGGCUACGCGGCCGACCACGAGCGCGCCUACGCCGCCCUGCAGCACUGGACCAUCCGCGGGCCCGAGGCCAGCCUGGCCCAGCUCAUCAGCGCGCUCCGCCAGCACCGCCGCAACGACGUGGUGGAGAAGAUCCGCGGCCUCAUGGAGGACACCGCGCCGGUGCAGAUGCAGCCCCAGUGGCAGCCGCAGGAGCCCAGCAACGAGGAUGUAAAGCUGGAAGGUGACAAGCUGGCGCUGCCGGUGAGCCCCAGCCCAGUGAGCCCCGUGCCCACGCCCAGCCCCAAGCCCCCAGAGGCAGCCGUGCUCACCGUGGAGCCCUCUCCUUCAGAGAAGAAAUGUUUCUUUGUCGACGAAGCCGAGCCUCUCCUGCGCUGCGACUCCACCUCCAGCGGCUCCUCUGCGCUCAGCCGGACAGGCUCUUUUAUAACCAAAGAAAAGAAGGACACCGUCCUGCGCCAGGUGCGCUUGGACCCGUGCGACCUGCAGCCCAUCUUUGAUGACAUGCUGCACAUCCUCAACCCUGAGGAGCUCCAUGUGAUCGAGGAGAUCCCGCAGGCCGAAGACAAGCUGGACAGGCUAUUUGAGAUUGCUGGAGUCAAGAGCCAGGAAGCCAGCCAGACCCUCCUGGACUCUGUCUAUAGCCACCUUCCCGAUUUACUGUAGGCACUGGGUCACCGCACGCUCUCUGAAUAUCUGCUAGAGCUAGCUUGGCACUUGUUAAGAUGACCAACAAUACGCAGGCGGGAUUUGUUGUAGAGUAUACGGCCAGUAUUUUCAUUGAGGUGUCCUUGGUUUUUGGAGGGGGUGCAGUUUGCCAACGUUGCACCCCUCCACUGUAACUCUAUCGCUCAGUCCAAGUCUUUGCACCCUCUGCCCCCUCCCCGAGCCUCUCUUCUCUCUGUUCUCAUUCCAAUCAGAUCAGCCAGUGCACUUUAAAAAAACAGAGAAAACAAAAAAAUUCAAAACCGCAGUUAAUGAACUAAAAGACCACAAAUCUGGUGUAAUCUAACACAUCAAAUUGGGGAUUGCUCUGUAACCCCCUUCUGCUGUCAAAGCUGUUGCUCGGAGUGACCAUCUCCCACCAGCUCCCUUUGCCUCGGGGCGGUAAAUGGCAAAAUCGCGCAAAAAUCCCACCCCAAUUGUUGCUGGUUGCU